AAGAAGACCGGGAGCUGAGAGAAGGGGGUUAAAAAAAAAGGGGGGGGGGAAAAAGGCGGCGUCGCUCGAACCGGCUGCCUCCUCUUGAAGCCCCCGCGUGGGCCUGUUAUUAUUUUAUUUUUUGGCGUCGCCUGCCUGACGGAACCCGGCUCGGGUUUCCCGCCCGUGAGGGGAGGGGAGGGGGGGUCCAACCCGGAAGCUCGACUCUCAGCUUCCGGUCCGGUCCUCUCUUGCCUUUUUUUCUCUUUCUCUUCCUCCUCUUUCUGCCCCUCUCUCUCUCUCUCUCUCUGUCUCUCUCUCCCCUCCCCCAUCCCUCUCACCCCACCCCCCACCCCAACCCCCGGAGCGGCUCUCCCAAAAUGGCGCCGCUGGACUUGGAUAAGUACGUGGAGAUAGCCAGGCUCUGCAAGUACCUGCCCGAGAACGACCUCAAGCGGUUGUGCGACUAUGUCUGUGACCUGCUCCUAGAAGAAUCGAACGUGCAGCCGGUUUCUACCCCUGUUACCGUCUGUGGUGACAUCCAUGGACAGUUUUAUGAUCUAUGUGAAUUAUUCAGAACUGGAGGUCAGGUCCCUGACACGAACUACAUAUUUAUGGGUGAUUUUGUAGACAGAGGCUAUUACAGUCUAGAGACAUUUACUUAUCUCCUUGCCCUGAAAGCAAAGUGGCCGGAUCGAAUCACGCUCUUGCGUGGGAAUCAUGAAAGCCGACAGAUAACCCAAGUCUAUGGAUUUUACGAUGAGUGCCAAACAAAAUACGGUAACGCAAACGCCUGGAGAUACUGCACUAAAGUCUUCGACAUGCUCACGGUAGCAGCGUUGAUAGAUGAACAGAUCCUUUGCGUGCACGGAGGCCUUUCUCCAGACAUCAAAACACUGGAUCAGAUCCGAACCAUCGAGCGCAACCAAGAGAUUCCUCACAAGGGGGCUUUCUGUGACCUCGUUUGGUCGGACCCGGAAGAUGUGGACACCUGGGCCAUUAGCCCUCGAGGAGCCGGGUGGCUUUUUGGUGCUAAAGUCACCAACGAGUUUGUCCACAUCAACAACUUAAAACUGAUCUGCAGGGCUCACCAGCUGGUCCACGAAGGCUAUAAAUUUAUGUUCGACGAGAAGCUGGUAACGGUCUGGUCCGCUCCGAACUACUGCUACCGCUGCGGGAAUAUCGCCUCAAUCAUGGUCUUCAAAGACGUGAACACGCGAGAACCGAAGCUGUUCCGGGCUGUCCCGGAUUCGGAACGCGUCAUCCCUCCGAGAACAACCACGCCGUAUUUCCUCUGAAAUACCUCCUCCGGCCCUCCUCCCUCCUUUCUUUGUGACAUACAUCCUAUGGAGCACUUUGCUGCUGAAAUGCUUUUUUUAAAAUAAUAAUUAUUAUUAUAAUUUUUAAAUUAUCUAAAUGUAUUGUAUAUGGUCCGUAGCGUUGCGUUUCUUAAUUCUGCCUCCCCCCCCCCUGCGUCUCCUCCCUUUUUCUAGUUCUUUAAGGUUGCUUUUGAAAUGUCCCACGAGCACUUAACUUGUCACAUAAAUUACAUACAUACAUAUAUAUAUAUAUAUUCGUGCUUUUGAUUCCCUGUUUUUUGUUUUUAGGGAAAACUCUUUCCCUUCGAAAUAAAAUCAAAUAAAAAAAAACAGAG